AUCAAUACAGCUUGGCUGAAAUAUGGUGGGGGUAGACACCACCCAGCCAGUCUAGCAAUGGACUAGCUCGCCAUCAUGAGGUCUGCCCUCGCUUCAUGGGCCUUCCUCACAAUCGCAAUCGCCGCAACCCUCAUCGCCCCGAGUACACGUGCACCAUUCGCACAAGCAGCAGCGGGAAGCGGCGGAAGCAUGUUGGGCGAUGUCAACAUCUCGGCAAUCCUCGACUCCUUCAGUGUCAGUUAUGACAAAAGAGUAAGGCCCAACUACGGUGGUCCACCAGUGGAAGUCGGGGUCACAAUGUACGUCCUCAGUAUCAGUUCUGUAUCAGAAGUCCUAAUGGACUUCACGUUGGAUUUCUACUUCCGACAAUUCUGGACGGACCCGCGGUUGGCGUUCAGGAAACAGAAGGGAGUCGAGACCCUUUCCGUCGGCUCGGAGUUCAUUAAGAACAUCUGGGUGCCGGACACGUUCUUCGUGAACGAAAAACAGUCAUACUUCCACAUAGCGACAACAAGCAACGAGUUCAUCAGAAUACACCAUUCUGGGAGCAUAACUAGGAGUAUUAGGUUAACAAUUACCGCUUCGUGCCCGAUGAAUCUUCAGUAUUUCCCAAUGGACAGACAGCUAUGCCAUAUCGAAAUUGAAAGCUUUGGCUACACUAUGCGUGAUAUUCGGUACAAAUGGAACGCGGGCCCAAAAUCAGUGGGUAUUGCCAACGAAGUGCAGUUACCACAAUUCAGGGUCCUUGGGCACAGACAGAGGGCUACCGAAAUAAACCUGUCCACAGGAAACUACUCGAGGCUGGCCUGCGAGAUCCAGUUCGUGCGAUCCAUGGGCUACUAUCUCAUCCAGAUCUACAUCCCCUCGGGCCUCAUCGUCAUCAUCAGUUGGGUCUCAUUCUGGCUGAACAGAAACGCGACGCCCGCCCGUGUCGCCCUGGGCGUCACCACUGUGCUCACUAUGACAACGCUCAUGUCCUCGACGAACGCCGCACUUCCCAAGAUUUCCUACGUCAAGUCCAUCGACGUCUACCUGGGAACAUGUUUCGUCAUGGUCUUCGCAUCUCUACUCGAAUACGCCACCGUAGGGUACAUGGCGAAACGGAUACAGAUGAGGAAAAACAGAUUCUUGGCAAUCCAGAAGCUUGCUCAGGAGCAAAAUCAGAAGACGGAACCCCAUCCCCCAGGUGGCGACCCCGACCACGCCCCUAAACAGACUAGGAAAAAAGGACAUCAGGUCCAGAUGAGGGACCCGUCAAUCAUCUCCUCCUAUGCAGCUACUCUUCCUCCAUCAAAAGCAGUCCACCAAGAGCGAAGGCAACAAAUGCAACAGACGAGGGAUCCGACAAGCAUCUAUGCAGCCACGCUCCCUCCUCCAAAACCGGUCCAUCCAGAGCGAAGGCAACAAAUGCAACAGACGGAGGUGAGAUACAAGGUACACGAUCCGAAGGCUCACUUCAAAGGAGGAAAACUAGAGAACACAAUAAACGGAAAAGCAGACGAUGAACUCCCCCCACUGCCUCCACACAUCCUCAAGCCGUCAAACAAUAUCUGUGGGAUCACACCGAGUGGAAUAGACAUGUACAGUCGCAUCGUCUUUCCCGAGGUGAGAUACAAAGUGCAUGACCCAAAGGCUCACUUCAAAGGCGGGACGCUCGAGAAUACUAUCAACGGAAAGGCUGAUGAAGAGGGGGGACUCCUGAAGGGAAAGGAAAAGGACUACAACCAUAUCUACGGGAUCACCCCCAGCGGAAUUGACAUGUACAGUCGUAUUGUCUUCCCAGUAUGUUUUGUAUGUUUUAAUCUAAUGUACUGGAUCAUCUACUUGCACAUAAGCGAUGUCGUCGCGGAUGAUCUUGUCUUCUUAGAAAAGGACAAGUAGGCUCAUCCUCCCCGAAUGCUCACAAAAUGUAUGAUUUUGUAUAGUGAUGUUUUACCUUUUAAUCGGAAAAGGUAAAACAGAUAGUCUCACCCUCAGUUUCCUUUUUUUUUUUUUUUUUUAAUUUUAAAAAGAUAUAUUUUUGAUCAAUUCCUGAGUUUUUUCUUACUUUUCUCUUUCUCACUUUCUCUUCCACCCUCCAUCUGUCUGUCUUCUUUUAUUCUGUGAUUAUUUCAUUUUAGAGAAUAAACCUUAUGAGAUGACUGUAUGUUUUAAAUGAGUACAAAUGAGAAUGAGGUGAGAUUAACCGGUAACUAUUUAAAAAAUAAGAAAUAAAUUCUAAAAUAGAUUGUAGGUUGAUAUUUUAUAAACUAUUAUUACUAUGGCCGACAUGGUAGCGUUAUAACACAAAGAGCAUCUUUACAAAUUGAGAAACCAAACACUCAAAAUUCAGAACCUGUCUUUUAAAACAUAAAGCACUUUUCAAACUUCAUUUUGAUUAAAACUGUUUUUGUUUACACAAAAUCUUUUUUUAAUGUUACUAAAUUAUAAUAACUAAUCAUUAUAUAUUUAACAUAUUUUACAUACUAAUAUUGUACAGAUUUAACAAAAAUCAAUUCCCCGCAUAUGAACAAAAUGCUGUGAUAAUUUUAUUUUUAAUGUGAACAU